AUGGGUGACAAUGUCGACAAAGAAACAUCGAGGCCAGACACCGCACUGAAAGACACCGCCGUCACGGUUGCAGCCCCGGCCACGGCCACGAACGUACCGGGAGCAUCUCCAUCUCCUUCACAACGAUUCCUUUUGCCUAACAACCAUAACCUCUUCUUGUUGCUGAUCGGCUUCCGGCUGCUCAACGCUUUGACUGUGCAGACAUUCUUUCAGCCCGACGAAUACUUCCAGGCUUUAGAGCCCGCAUGGCGGUUGGCGUUUGGGGAAGAUGCUGGGGCCUGGAUAACUUGGGAAUGGAAAAGUCAUCUACGCUCUGCUAUACAUCCAACCGUCUUUGCCUUAUGGUACCGGGGCGCGUGCGCCGUGGCUGAUUUCUUCCAUCUCGAGGCUCAUGCCCAGGCCGAGCUACUACUCGCUGCUCCAAAGUCUCUACAGGCCAUCUUUGCGGCCGUGACCGACUUCUAUACCUGGAAGCUUGCAUCGUAUGCGUACGGCACGAACUCGAGUGCCACUCUAGCGACGCUGCUCCUGACAGUCACUAGUCCCUGGCAUUGGUUUGGUUCUACGCGCACUUUCUCGAACUGUUUGGAGACGACCUUGACAGUUGUCGCAUUAUACCACUGGCCCUGGCACUGGCAGUUGCCCCUGGACAACCCUGGCGCGCAUGUGGUCCGCGUCCGGCAGCAAGUUGCCGAUGGGACGGACAUAGUGACCAGGCUGAGGCGUGCCCUGCUUUGUGCUGCUCUAGCGACGAUUCUAAGACCUACCAAUAUCCUAGUGUGGGGGGUUCUGACAUGGCUGACUUUUCUGCGAGGAUGGAAAUCCAUUGGACCCAGCUGGGCCGAGUGCUCCUUGUUUGCAAGAGAGACUGUUCUGUGCGGAGGCCUCGUUCUUCUGCUCUCAACCUUGAUCGAUCGCAUCUUCUACGAUUCAUGGGUGUUUCCACCCUUGGACUUCCUCCACGUCAACGUCGUCCAGUCGAUCGCAACAUUCUACGGUAACAAUGAUUGGCAUUACUACCUCUCCCAGGGCUACCCUCUUCUGCUCACGACUGCCUUGCCAUUCACACUGGCCGGGCUCUAUCGCGUUCUGAGCCCGAGCUCGGGAACCACGUCCAGCGAAGCCACGCCUCCAGGCCGUACAAUGCUCAGCUCACUGUCCAUUGUCUGUCUCCUCGUCCCCAGCGCCUUUUCAAACAUCGCCCACAAAGAGGUCCGUUUCAUCUAUCCUCUACUCCCAGCCCUACAUGUUGUAACCGGGCUUCCAUUGUCUUCAUUUUUCGGGCCGCAACCCUCACAGCACUCCGGAGCGGCCCAAUUCACACACAAAAUGUUACUCGCUCUACUCCUGGCUCUAAACAUCUCAGUAGCCUACUACACAACUCAAGUCCACAACUCCGGCAUCAUCGAACUGACACACUAUCUUCGAACUGAAUUUGAAACCACCUACCUUCCCGCGGCUGGGGUUGGAACUGCUUCGAACAUGACGGUAGGCAUGCUCAUGCCAUGCCACUCAACCCCGUGGCGCUCCCACCUGCAAUAUCCUCCAUCGACCACGCGCCCCGGCAUCCAUGCUUGGGCACUGACGUGCGAACCCCCGCUCAACCUCAACGCGACCGAACGAACGAGCUAUCUCGACGAAGCGGACCAGUUCUACGCCGACCCGCUCAUUUGGCUAAAGAAGAACAUGUCGCGUCACCCACCGCGGGCAGAGUCCACGGACGGGAUGCGAGCCAAUGGUGUCUUCGCCCGAGACGAACGCGCCAGGCAUGGCUUGCACAUCACCUCGGAAUCGACUCUUCGCCAACGUGAAGAAGAGCUCUGGAGCACUGGGCAGUCACGCCGCCGCCCCUGGCCCGAAUACCUCGUCUUCUUCGCGCAGCUGGAGCCUACGCUCACCGUGGCCUUGCGCGGCAGUGGCUACGGCGAGUGCCACCGCCUCUUCAACAGCCACUGGCACGACGACUGGCGGCGCACGGGCGACGUGGUCAUCUGGUGCCUUGACCAAGAGAGGCAAGAUGCACGGCGUUCGUCAUCGCGACCGUCUAGGCUCCCCGCCGAGGAGCAGAUCGAACUCGAAGACGCCGUUCGUAAUCGCGAUCGUGGUCGUCAUCCGUCUGCGGAAAGCCUGGCCCUGGGGCGCGGGCAGCAGGUGAUGAGUGUGCAGAAGACGCCGAAAACGAAAACGAAAACAUCUGCCCCUGUUACUCGCGUGGUGGAAAAGCCAUUUUGGAAGGCCAGAGAGCCGGAACGCAAAGACACUUGA